AUGCGGGACCUUCUUGGUCACCAUCCGCAGCUCAGGCCCAACUUCAAGAAUAGCGUAUUUGCGUGUGCGACUUUCAACUUCGGUCCCGCGACCUGUACCCUCGACCAUCGUGAUUGCGCCAACUUGCCGUUCGGCCUGUGCUCGAUCACCUCGCUCGGUAGCUUCAAUCCCCGAACAGGCGGCCACCUGGUCUUGUGGGACCUGCGACUCGUCAUUGAAUUCCCGCCUGGGUCAACUGCCAUCAUCCCGUCGGCAACUCUUCGCCAUUCGAAUACCGAGAUUGGGCCGGAUGAGGAACGGUUUUCGUUCACUCAGUAUACCGCCGGUGGGAUUUUCCGGUGGGUCGACCAGGGAUUUCAGCCCUCACCAGAGUAUUACUCGGCUUUGGACGUUGGCGCCAAGGCCGCUUUCCACCAACGUGCUGCAGCUCGAUGGAAGGAGGGCAUCUCGCUGUUUUCGACCUUGGAGGAGUUGCGGGCAGACUCAGGCGCAUGA